AUGCUACGAUUGGGUCUGCCAAGGGCACGAAUCCCGGGUAGUCGGUUUUAUGCCGUCUCCAAGGUACCGUUUUCGGCCAAAAUUGCUGCUCUAGUCGCCAAGACAGGCCCGGAACAAAUAUACGUCUACACGCCGUCCCGGCUCGUGAAACUUGGUUCCUGGACCCUUGCUGGCGUCUUUGCUGUGUAUGGGGUUUCUUUUGCCGACUGGUCGCUUUCCAGCGCUUUGGAACUGUACCAUGAGGAACGUUCUUCCGCCCCACCGGAAAGCUGGUGGAAGCAUCCUACACUGCUGCUCUUGGCCAGGACCGCAGGCUCCCUUCUGCUUUCCAUCAUACCACUUACGCUAUCGGCGCUAGCCAUCUAUGUACCUUCCAGGAUAGCCACAGGCGUCACAUAUCUUCCCAAUGGUGCAUGCCAGUUGACACGGCGGGCCAUGUUUUCUGGGAAACCAGUGUCCAGAAUCAGACCGCUCAACACAAUUGUGCGCAAUCAAAAGACAAAAGUCUAUACCGGCGUGGGUCCCCAAGGUACGGAAGACAAAGGCUCGUUCGCUUUUUUACUUACAGAUACGCAGCGACCUUCGUGGGAUCGAUUCUACGUGGUGAAUCGAUCCGGCAAGUUUUGGGGUCAGGAUGGACGGGUCUUUGACGCGCUCUUUGGCGGGGAUUCCGUGAAAAGCUUGGAACGUUUCUCAGAGGCAUCCUCUACAUCUGUCGACGACUCCAACUCUUUACAAAAGCUAAUACUAGAACAACAAGGCAGACCAAAGCUCAACGAGCACUCCAUUAAGGCCAAGGACAUUGUGAUGAAACGCAAAUGA